CUCUCAUCUGGAACUUUUCACUUUCAGGAUUGCAGCCAAUUUAUCCCCACUUCCCUGACAAAAACGUUUGGAUUUGGACGAAUGAAAAAGAGACCAGUAAGCCAUUGUCGGAGUAAGUGAAGAUACAUGUUUUAAAUCCUUUUUGGAAUAGAAUCUCCCAUGUUGAAUGAAGCUAGAGUGCACACUGAUUUUUAGCAUUCGUUGGCCUUUCCUUCAUUUGGAGUUUGAAAUCCAGUCAGAAUCAAAAACCGUGGAAGAAAAACUCAGGUUUGGGAGAAAUGUAGCCUAAGUCGGUAUGAGCAGCAGCAAUAAUUUUGAAUAACAGGGCAGAAUCAUGAGACUGAGUUUGCCUUAUCACAUCUAUUCCUUUUGGGGACUGUUGCCCUUUUGGCUACUCUAUGUAUCCUCUACCAACAAAUGUGUUAUAAGAGAUGAGGUAGCUGACUGUAGUCAUCUGAAGUUGACUCAAGUACCUGAUGACCUCCCAGCAAAUAUAACAGUAUUGAAUCUUACCCAUAAUCAACUCAGAAGAUUACCACCUGCCAAUUUUACAAGAUACAGGCAACUCACCAUAUUAGAUGGAGGAUUUAACUCUAUCUCAAAACUAGACCCAGAACUGUGCCAACAACUCCACUUGUUGAAAGUUUUGAGCCUCCAGCACAAUGAGCUAUCUCAUCUUUCUGAUAAAACGUUUAUUUUCUGCUUGAAUUUACUUGAACUCCAUCUAAUGUCCAACCCAAUCCAGAAAAUUCAAAAUAAUCCCUUCGUAAACCUGAAGAAUUUAAUCAAGUUAGAUCUAUCUCGUACUGGUUUAUCAUCUACUAAAUUAGGAACUCAGCUCCAACUGGAAAAUCUCCAAGUGCUUCUAUUAUCAAAUAAUAAAAUUCACACACUAAGAGGUGAAGAAUUUGAUUUCCUUGGCAACUCCUCCAUAAAAAUAUUAGACUUGUCAUCAAAUCCAAUUAAUGAGUUCUCUCCAGGGUGUUUUCAUGCAAUUGGAAAAUUAUUUGGCCUCUCACUGAACAAUGUCCAAUUGGGCCCCACUCUCACUGCGAAACUCUGUUUGGAAUUAUCAAACACAAGCAUACAGCAUCUGUUUCUGAGCAAUGUCCAGCUGAACAGAAUAAGCAAUGUGACUUUCUUUGGGCUAAAGCAGACAAAUCUCACCAGGCUCGAUCUUUCCCGCAACGGUUUAAAUGUAAUUGAUAACAGUUCCUUUGCUUGGCUACCCCAUCUAGAAUAUUUCUCCCUGGAGUAUAAUAAUAUAGGUCAUUUAUCUUCUUACUCCUUUUAUGGGCUUUCCAAUGUGAGAUACCUGAAUUUGAGACGAUCUUUUACUAAACAAAGUAAUGCCCUUGCUGCACUUCCCAAGAUUGAUGAUUUUGCCUUUCAGUGGCUAAAAGGUUUGGAGUAUCUUGACAUGGACGAUAACAACUUCCCAAACAUAGGACGCAAUAUGUUCACAGGAUUGAUAAAGCUGAAAUACUUACAUUUAUCCAACUCUUUUGCAAGUUUGCAGACUUUAACAAAUGAAACAUUCUUAUCACUUACUCAUUCUCCUUUACUAUUACUCAACCUAACCAAAAACAGAAUCUCCAAAAUACAGAGUGGUGCUUUUUUUUGGUUGGGCCACUUAGAGUUACUUGACCUCGGCCUGAAUGAAAUUGGACAGGAACUCACAGGCCAGGAAUGGAAAGGUCUAGAAAACAUUGUUGAAAUCUACCUUUCCUACAACAAAUACCUACAACUGAGCAGCAAAUCAUUUGCGUUGGUUCCAAGCCUUCAACGACUGAUGCUCCGAAGGGUAGAUAUUAAAAAUCUGGUUAGCUCUCCUUCACCUUUUUACCUACUUCGUAACUUGACCAUUCUGGAUUUAAGCAACAACAACAUGGCAAACAUAGACGAUGAACUAUUGGAAGGUCUUGAGAAACUAGAAAUUCUGGAUUUGCAGCAUAACAAUUUAGCACGGCUCUGGAAACAUGCAAACCCUGGUGGUCCCGUUCAGUUUUUAAAGGGCCUUUCUCACCUCCACAUCCUCAACUUAGAGUCCAAUGGUUUUGAUGAGAUCCCAACAGAGGUCUUCAAGGACUUAGUUGAAUUAAAGACCCUCAAUUUAGGACUGAAUAAUAUAAACAUACUUCCACCCUCCGUCUUUGAUAAUCAAAGGUCUCUAAAGUCAUUGAACCUUCAGAAGAAUCUCAUAACAUCAGUUGAGAAGAAUGUUUUUGAGUCAGCAUUCAAGAACCUGAGUAAUUUAGAUAUGAGCUUUAAUCCAUUUGAUUGUACAUGUGAAAGUAUUGCCUGGUUUGUUAAUUGGAUGAAUGGUACCCACACCAAUAUCUCCGAGCUAUCAAGUCAGUAUCUCUGCAAUACUCCACCUCAAUAUCAUGGUUUCCCAGUGAUGCAUUUUGAUACAUCACCCUGCAAGGACAGUGCUCCCUUUGAACUCCUUUUCAUGAUAUGUACCAGCACCCUGAUGAUUUUUAUCAUUAUAGUUCUGCUUGUCCAUUUUGAAGGCUGGAGGAUAUCUUUUUAUUGGAAUGUCUCAGUGCAUCGAAUUCUUGGUUUCCAAGAAAUAGACAAACAACCAGAGCAGUUCAAAUAUGCAGCAUAUAUAAUUCACGCCCGUAAAGACAGGGAUUGGGUCUGGGAAAACUUCUCCCCAAUGGAAGAAAGAGAUCAAACUCUCAGAUUUUGUCUGGAAGAAAGGGACUUUGAGGCAGGCGUACUUGAACUUCAAGCAAUUGUUAAUAGCAUCAAAAGGAGCAAAAAAAUUAUUUUUGUCAUAACACAACAUCUGUUAAAAGAUCCACUAUGCAAAAGAUUCAAGGUGCACCAUGCAGUUCAGCAGGCUAUUGAACAAAAUCUGGAUUCUAUUAUAUUGAUCUUUCUUGAGGAGAUUCCAGAUUACAAACUGAACCAUGCUCUAUGUUUGAGAAGAGGAAUGUUUAAAUCUCACUGCAUCUUGAACUGGCCAGUUCAGAAAGAACGGAUAAAUGCCUUUCAUCACAAAUUACAAGUAGCUCUUGGAUCCAGAAAUUCAGCACCUUAAAUUUAUAUAAAGACUACAUGAACAAAGGUGUAACUUUGUCAAUUUUAAAAAGUUCAAUGGUAAAUUUAAGUUUUAUUUGAAAAUGAUGGUAAAUCUGUCUAUUCAUAUUUAUAUGUGAGAGUUUGAUGUCACAAAUAUCAAUCUUCUAUGGUUAUAGAUCUCAUUUUGGCCUUUACCAAUUGAGUUGCCUUGACCCAAAAUAAACAUGUAAGAAUUAUCUUUUGCUAAUGAAUAUACAGUUAAUUACUGAGUCUUAUGAACAUUUAAGAAAGUUUAAAAAUAUUUCUCAUAAAAAUAUUAUAGUUAGGUAGGGGUUUGUGAUAAUUAUAUUUGGUUUAUUUUUUUGGAUGCAUUCAUAACAGAAUGAGAAGAUAAUUAUUUUCAUGGGUACAGUGCUAUUUCAAGUAUGGAAGAGUAAAAUACAUGCUUUAAUUUUGCAGUGUGAUAAUAAUAUUUUUUAAUUAUAUGGCUUUGUACUUUGUAUUUUAAUUGUGUGUGUGGGGGGGGAUUGAAGGGCAAGGCUGGAGCCAAAGGCUAUUACAAGUGGUGCCACCUGGCUGGGGCACAAGUAAGGAUAAAUAGCCCCAGGUGGAAUAUGCCUGGCAAGAAAUAAUCAGUAGGGGUGGGGAAUCUGAUAGGGAAUAUAAAGGACUGCAGAAGCAGCCCCCAGGGUCAGCCAUUCCAGCCCCACCAGGCAAAUCUUCCAGACUGCCAUUGGCCUCUGAAGGACACGGAGAGGCCUACACUGCUGAAGAUUGCUGUUGACCUCCAAAGGACGUGAUAAAGCUUCUAGCAGCUGACCAUGGAGAAGAAAAGUUGAGAAGUUUUGUGGGUAGCGAGGCAGCUAAAACUGUUCCCAGUUUUGCUGCUGUUACAGCCUGAAGGGGAAGGCAAGGGCCGGGAGCGGCGUGCCUCACUCACUGAGCUGUGUGAAUGUGGCCCAUUUGUCCAGUCAUUCUGCAGUUUCUACAGUCGUUCUGCUGUUUCUACUGUUGUUUGAUACUGUGCUAUUGCCUCAGGCUUAUCUUGGUGGCUCAGGUGAAUGUUUACUGAUGUCCUCAAGAGUUGGAUCCCUGCCUAUUGCCUCUGGCGACACGAGCUCCAAGCAAUCAGGGACAGGAAGAUGCCAUCUUGGACACCAUUUUGUUUAGGAGUUCUGAACACUGGACGCUAUUAGGGGUGAAAUAAUUGGCCACUUGUGGCCUUAUGGACUCUUAGUUUCCCUGUUUGUUAAAUAAAUCCCAUUAUUGUUGUUUCUUGAAUGUGAAUGGUCUUACAAUUGCGCGUGCAGGUAAACUGUUUGGGCACAGUUUUAGUGCCCUUCUUUGCCCAGUAGCAGUUGUACCAAUUCCAGCGUUGAUUUUAUUAAAUGUUAAAUACUAUUUUAAUAUACAUACUUAAGGGCAGGAAACACUUGCAGCUAAUUUUGAUCAAUUAAUAAAAUAAAUACUUUAAUACU